AACCUGUAAGCAUCAUUAAUCAGUUUUAUAGCAAGUCAGUUAACGAUAGAUCUACCUCUAAUAAAAUAAAGUUGAUGUUGUUGUUGAAGUUAUUCAAGUAUAAAAUUAAUCUUGACACUGAAUUUGAAAAUUAACUCGUUUCUAUUAUAAUAGCGCGUUGAAAUCUUUUAAUUGCGAUAUCCAGUCUAUUUUUUAUAAUCAGUUGAAUGUUAUCAGCUACUCUCAUUUACCAGUUGUGAAAUUUAAAAAAAUGGAAAAGUUGUUUUUGAAUAUAAAUUUUUAGUCAACCGUAUUUUUAAGCGAAGUCAAAAAUUGUGAAUACAUCACAUUUAAAAUAUUUUAUUUAAUAUUCAUUUAUUUAUAAGAUCUUUGUUUCUUAAAAUUGAUUUCGUUAACUGUCAUAUUUUUGAAAAAAAAAAGGUUCGAUGUAAUUCAAAUUUUUAUUACUUAAGAGAUAUCAGAAUUAUAUGAAAAUCAUGAAGUUGCAUAAAGUAGUGUAUUUAAGUUCAAGUAGCAGUGACAAACGUAUUACAAAUCCAAUGAUUCCUUGGAUUAUUGCAGAAAUUAAGAAAAAAAAUCACCAAGAAAAAGUGAAAAUUGGAGUUGAAGAUGGUUUUCUAUUUGUAUAUGAAAGUUGGGAAAAUAAGAGCAAGUUAAUGUUUCAGCAUGAAAUUAGAUUAAUAAGUCGUUUAGCUUUUUUAAAUGGUGAUGUAGCAACAUUUUUUUAUGCAUUGCGUGAUAUUAAUGAUUGUAUGGUUGAAUGUUAUGCAUAUGUCUCUCAACCUGAUGAAGUGAUGGAAUUAUUUUCUGCAAUGAAAGAAAAUUCACAUAAAACAUUACAAAGCACUGGUCGUUCAUUAAGCAAUGCCCAAACUUUGACUUCUUUAUGUGCGGAUAUAUCACCUAACACGUCUCAUUUUUUUGAGGUAUUUUAUGUUGGAAAAAUAAGAGUUUCACAAAAAAAAGUUCCAAGUACUUUUAUUGAUGAUGCUUUGGAAAAAUUUCGAUUACAUGAAUUAGAAAAAUCAAAGAAGUCAAAUAGUACUAAUUCCUCAAGAAGGGGAUCUCAUAUAAUUGCAUCGGAUCAAAAUUCAUCAAUUUAUGUAUCGGACUCAAGACGAGGUUCAAUGACAGUUUUAUCUCCAGGAAAUGAAAACUUCUACACUUCGUCCAUUGAGUCAGAAAAAUAUAUAAAAAAUUCAGAUCUGUUAAGUUCAAGAUCAGAAUCAAUUAAUUAUCCAGUCAGAAAAAAUGAAAAUAAUGAAAAUAAUAAGCAAAAUUGUUAUGUUGGAGAAGAAAGUAACAGAACAAUGGUUUUUCAAAUUGGAAAAAGUGAUUUGCACUUAAUAAGCCCUGAUCGAAAACAAAUACUUUUACACAAACAUUUAAAGGAUGUUGUUAAUUGUGUCAAGGGAAACAGAAAUAAUUUUCAUUUUGGUUUUACUUGUCGAGAUUCUUCAUCUACUGAAAAUUGUAUAGGUUACAUUUUCAAAUGUGAAUCGGAGUCAGUGGCGAAUGAACUAGUUACAGCUAUUAAUCUUGCUCAUAAUAACACAAAUGGGGUUAUUAAAAAAGAGAAGCAAAUAAUUGUAUCUUGUGAGCACUGUCCAAUGGUGUGGUUUCACAAACUGUGUUCUGAUGUUGAAAAUUUAAAUGAGCAUAAGGUGCAAUCAGUUAUAUUUAAAAUGCUAGAAAUGCUACCAGAUGAAGAACAAGAAGUGGUACUUACUAAACUACAUGGAUUAGAAACCCUAAAUAAAAUUAAUCUCAAAGAGCAGAACGAAUUGUUAAUGAUGGUAUUAAGAACUCAUUGUGAAAGCAAACAAUCAAAACAUGUUCAUGAUUCUGCUGAAAAUAGACAUGAAUUUUUAAAUCAAUAUCUUGGUGGUAGUACGAUUUUUAUGAAGGCUAAACGAUCAUUAACUAGUUCAUUUGAUCAAUUAUUAAAAAGAAGAAGUUCAAAAGAUGAUUUUGGAAUUGUUGCAGCAACUAAAGAUACCUCUUCCUCUAAUGGAUCAUUCAAGGAAAGUUCUACAAAAUCAAUAUCAAAUAUAUCGUCAUCUCAAAAUUAUAUACCUAAAACUAUUACAGAUAAAUCAGGACCUAUUUUAGCACAAACUAAAUCACACAGCAGUCCAGCAUCAAUGAUGAAUAUGUUUUUAAAAGUGGGCCAGUCACCUAAAUCAUUAUCAAUAUCAGAUAAUGACUCAGAUGAACAAAAUGAAUUAUAUCCUGGAAGUUGGCGCCAAGCAAUCUUUAAAAAUGUUGUUACACCAAACAAACAAGUUAAUAAUAAUCAAAUUGUUAAACGUAAACUAGAUAAAGAUGAUUUAAGAGAAUUAUGGAGGAAAGCAAUUAAUCAGCAAAUACUUCUUAUAAGGAUGGAAAAAGAAAAUACUAAAUUGAAAGAAAGGCAAGAAGAAGCAACUGUCAAAAGAAUUAAAUUAGAGUAUGAUGAUAUUGGUUCAUCUGCACGUGAAUAUUUAGAUGUUUGGGAAACCAUAGUUAAUAAAGAAAAUCGUAAAUAUGAUGCAAAAAUGUUGAGACAAGCCAUAAGACAAGGUGUUCCUAGAAGUAAAAGAGGCGAUGUAUGGAUUUUUUUCGCAGAACUGUAUUGUAAUACCACAGCUCCCCCAAUUAUCGACCAAGAAAAAUUUCCUAAUUUUAAUGUACCAUAUGAAAAAUUGUUAAAACAGUUAACGAAGUUUCAGCAUGCUAUUUUGAUUGAUUUAGGUAGAACAUUUCCAAAUCAUACUUAUUUUAUGUCACCAUUUGGUCCAGGUCAAUUAGCACUAUAUAAUUUACUCAAAGCAUAUUCUUUAUUAGACCCUGAGGUUGGUUAUUGUCAGGGAUUAUGCUUCAUUGCUGGAGUUUUGCUAUUACAUAUGACUGAAGAGCAGGCUUUUAUGAUGCUUAAACAUAUUAUGUUCAGACGCUCUUUAAGAAAACAAUAUUUACCUGAUAUGGCUGCUUUACAAGUACAGCUUUAUCAAUUAUCACGUCUUCUUCAUGAUCAUUUACCAGAUUUGUAUGCUCAUUUUGACAAUUGUGAUAUUUCACCGACAUUAUAUGCAGCACCAUGGUUUUUAACUAUAUUUGCUUCACAAUUUCCUCUUGGAUUUGUAUCUCGUAUAUUUGAUAUACUGCUAUUUGAACAAAUGGAUGUUAUGUUUUGCAUAAUAUUAUCUCUCUUAACUUAUCAUAAAGAUAAUCUACUUUCUUGUGAUGGAAUGGAACAAAUAAUGACUUAUAUUAAAAAUGAUAUUCCUGUUGUUAAUAAAGAAAUAAUAGAUAAAAUCAUAAAACAGGUUUUCACUGUUGAUAUUGCCAAACAAUUAAUGGAAUAUGGAGUUGAAUACCAUGUACUACAAGAAGAAUUAUCUACACCAAAACCAGAAAUUAAGAAAAUCAAACAUUUAGAGGAGAUCAACAAAAAUUUGGUUCAACAAAAUAAAAUGUUAAAUGAACAACUUGAGAUUUCAAUAACAAACAACAGCCGUUUAGAAACAAAUCGUUCAUCUACUAUAGCUACCAUUAAUCGUUUAGAAAGUGAAGUUAAAAGUCUUGAACUUUCAGUUUCCACUCUAGGAAACUUUGUUUUAGAAUUAGCCUAUUCAAAUUCAGAUAUAGAAAUACCAUCAGAAGUAUUAAGUUUAAUAUCACAUAUAAAUAUAUGUCGUAAUCAAAAUAAUUUAAUAAGUGGCAAGCUAGAACUAGAAAACUUGUCAUCUCAAAUAAUGCCAACAACAAAAAAACAAAUAUCUGAUUCAAAAUGUGUCAUUGAAAAUAAAUCAAAGGAAAAAUAUCCUAAACACAAAAAAAGAAGUUUAUUAAAAGUUACAGAAAGCAGUUUUGAUUUACUUACUCCUCAAAGUAAUAGUAUUCAUUUUGAGGAAAUGCAUCCUUUAGAUUCAAGAGAUGUAAAUAUAUGUUAUUCUGGAACUACAGAACUUCGAACAAUUAAACCUAUUAGUAGUAACAGAGAUAAUAAUUUUUCAUUACCAAGUAUUGUAACAGAUGAUUUUGAAAAAUCUUCUAAAAAAUGUAAUAGCAUUAAUUUAGAUAGUUCUACUAUUUAUAAAGGUUAACAGUUCCUUAUAUUAUUAAUAUUUUUAUAUAUUAAUUUAAAAUUUUUAUACAUUAUUUAAAUUAAAAUUAAGAACUACUGUUUUUUAC